UUAUUUUUUCUGAAUUAAAAAUGAUGCAGAUUUUUUAUUUAUAAUUAGGGCGACAUUUUUAUAGAAAUAAAUCUUCAUUCAACAGAAACUCUGACAGCUGCAGCCGUUGUUAGUUUCCAAAGACUUUUACUGGAAAAAGGAAACUUUUUCCAAGACAAAAGAAAAUCUGGUUUUGUUGCUCAGAAAUGAGUUUUAUUUUUUUCAUAUUUAUAAAAAUUAUUUCAAUAACCAAAAACUGCAUCUAUGAUUCCUGAUUAAAUCUGAUUAUUAACAUUUCAAUGGUUCCGAAAUAUGUGACCAAAAGUUUGUGCACCCCUGAUAGAAGGUCCAGGAAACUUUGCAGGUUUUUCAGUUUCUAAUAAUUAAACUUUUUAAACUUUUUAAACACUGAUGUGGCAGAAAAAACAUUUUCCUUGUUUUUCUUCACCUUUAAAUGAGCUGAACUUCACAGGAUAAUCUAAAAUAUCGGCCCGGUUCUGGAGCCGGAUCGGAUCUGAAUAGACUUGCUGCAGUCUGGACCGUCCCAUCUAUGGGGUCAGAGGUCACCACAGUCACCUGACUUCUGGAAACCAGAGUGAAGCUUGGGAAGUGAAAGGUGAUGUGAAACCGCUGCAGGUCCAGACCGCGCCGCGCCUCCUUCUGCUCCGGAUCGUCGUUCUGAGCGCUCAACAUGUCGGAUCCGUCCAGCCAGCAGCAGCCGGGCCGGGCCGCUCACCUGGGCGGCGGAUGGACGGGUCUGAAGGAUGAAGGCCGGAGGAUGAAGAGGAGGGAGAAGAACCGAGUGGCUGCACAGAAGAGCCGCAAGAGACAAACGCAGAGGGCCGACCAGCUGCACCAGGCCUGUGAGCUGCUGGAGCAAAGAAACAGGAAGCUGAAGAGAGAGGUGGAUUCUCUCUCUGAGGAGCAGAACUUCCUCUCUGAGGCUCUCAGGGCUCAUGAACCUUUCUGUCCCAUCAUGCAUUGCUCCUUCGCCUCCUCCAGCCUGCAGCCUGACACCGCGGCUCGCUCAGUCUGAGGUCAGUGACCUUUCACAUCUGGAUCCAGCUGCCAGACAAUGAACUGACCUGCCGCCAGAGGGCGCCGUUUAUCCUCCAGCUGCUUGCAGGCGGCGGGACUCUGCUGAGUCAUCACACAUCCAGGAUUCUUUAUUAAUGUCAGAAUGUAUAAAAAAUAAAUUAAUUGAUCAAUAAAAAGU